AUGCUUCGAGUUAGUUGCAAAUUGAACCGGAUGAACCCUGUAAGAAGCGCUGUACAGUACGUUUUGGCGGAGAGAAAUUCUCAGGGACAACUGAAACCAGCGAAUAUUAAAAAUCUUGAUGGAGAGUCCUUUGGAAUUUUCACUCAAUUAGAAACAAAUCAAGGAACGAAAAUGGCGCGUAUUCAAGGAUUUCGAAAAAUUGUUCACAAAAAUAUCGCCGGAAAGAUCACCAUUCCUGAGAAUUUAAAAGAUAUCGUUGAUGGACUGAGUUCUGGGACUAUUCAAGCGACGGUAGAUGGAAAGAAGAAAGAAUUUCCUUACUAUGAAAUGGAUGAGGAACUAUUGCAACUGCCGAUUUUGCAGCUUUCGACGAUUGUAGUGGCUUUUGAUGUUGUUCAAAUUGGAAAUAUGUUGACGAGGAUCGUCUCUCGAGUUGUUCGAAGAGCUGCUGGGACCGAGUUCGUUCUCGCAAGAAGAGUCGGUGAUGAAUUGGUAGAAGUGAAAUUCUCAGAAGACGAUGCUGAAAAACUCAAGCAACUUGCUUACAACUCUGGCCUGACUGCUGAUGUUUUGAUGAAUGGAGAAAAAGCUCUAGCACGCCUUGGUGGAUUUUCUACGGUUGUAAAGACGAAUCAGAAAGGAACGGUCAAGUACUGGCGACAAGAAAAGUCAAAACCAGAUUGGGGCUACAUUCAGCCUCUAAAUAUGAUGGAGGAUUCUAUCGCUUUCAAUGCUGCUGACAGCGAUGUUGCUGCAUAUCAAGUCAAAGGAAAAGCGAUCACAUACGAUGUCGUUGCUCGUGUGGGUCAGACAAAAUCCCAGAAAGCUGUCAAUAUCAACGUUGACGAAGACGAGCUCGAUGCCUGA